CCCCCUUCCCUGCCUCCCCCCUUUCCUUACCAAAACCCACGGCUCCGCGUCCGCCGAAGCGGGAGGCGGGCACGGCACCCUCGCCCCCGCGCGCGGCGCGAAUUAACACCCCCUCCCCUCCCUUCCCUCUCCUCUCACUCCUCCGAUUCGCCACACCGCGAUGGCCGCGCCUCGCCCUCCGCCGCUGGCGGCCCUGGGAGGCGGGGGCGGCGGUGGCGGUGCCGCCCCCGCCGUCGGAGCGCCCGCUGGGGUCUCCAUGCGGAUGUUCCACGGCGACGUGUUCCUCGGGGAGGCGGAGGUGUUCCCGAUGAAGCAGGGGCCCGAGGGGGGCCUCCCUUUCCCGAGCAACGAGAUCCGCAUCAGUCACCUCUCGCCGGCGAGCGAGAGGUGCCCGCCGCUCGCCAUCCUUCAGACCAUCGCGCCCUUCUCCGUGCGAUGCAAGCUUCAGGCCAAGGCGAUACCUCCGCACCCAAGCCUCCAGUGCCUGUACCUCACUUGCUUCAACGAGUACAAGAGCGCAGUAGUAGUGGUUGGAGAUGAGGAGCUGCACCUUGUGGCAAUGCCGACCAGGGCAGAGAAAGUGCCAUGCUUCUGGUGCUGCUCUGCACGCGCUGGGCUCUAUGCAGCGUCAGUUGGGAUGCUCAACCUGCGCUGCCUUGCCAUUGUGUUUGAUCUUGAUGAGACCCUCAUUGUUGCGAACACAAUGAAGUCCUUUGAGGACCGGAUUGAGGUGCUUUCCCGCAGGAUGGAUGUUGAGGAUGAUCCUGUCAGAGUAGCAGGGAUGUCUGCAGAAAUCAAGCGGUACAUUGAGGACAAGGAGCUGCUCAAGGAGUUCAUUGACAUGGAUACUGUUACAGACAAUGGCAGAAUCGUUGGAACCCAGAAGGAGGAGGUUCAACCUCUCUCUGCUGGCCAGGAGCGUGUUCUCCGUCCUGUUAUCAGGCUGCCUGAAAGGAAUGCAAUUUUGACUCGCAUCAAUCCAGAGAUUCGCGAUACCAGUGUUUUUGUAAAACUAAGGCCUGCUUGGGAGGAUUUGAGAAGUUACCUAACUGCCAAGGGACGCAAAAGGUUUGAGGUCUACGUAUGUACUAUGGCUGAGAGAGACUAUGCUCUUGAGAUGUGGAGACUUCUUGAUCCAGAAGGCAACUUGAUAAGUUCGCAGCAGAUUUCAGAACGUGUAGUAUGUGUGAAGUCAGGUUUCAAAAAGUCUCUGCUGAAUGUUUUUCGAGAUCGAGGAUGCCAUCCAAAGAUGGCCAUGGUCAUUGAUGAUCGGCUUCAAGUUUGGGAUGAUAAAGAUCAGCCUAGAGUUCAUGUUGUCCCUGCAUAUUCUCCAUACUAUGCCCCACAAGCUGAGAUGGCAAAUGCUGUUCCGGUGCUUUGUGUUGCAAGGAAUGUUGCUUGCAAUGUUCGUGGUGGCUUUUUCAGAGAAUUUGAUGAAAAUCUAUUAAGGAAAGUGUUUGAACUAGUGUAUGAAAAUGAGUUAUUGGAUCUUCCAUAUGCUCCAGAUGUUGGUGACUACUUAGUCUGUGAGGAUACUAAUUUUAUACCGAGCAAUAAAGAUGUUGCCCCUGUACCUGAGGGCAUGGGAGGAGCUGAAGUGGAGAAGAGAUUGAAUGGGCUGUCAUAUCUGGGAGACCAAAGGGAAGGACGACAAGUAUCAUCCUCAACCCGUUCAUCAUAUACAUCUUAUCCAUUUGAUGAUGAAGGAAUGGCAAUCCGAAGAACUGGAGGAGGUAGGAAUAUCCAGCCCAAUGGGGGCUCACUGGCAAUAACCCCCUCAGUAUUUGUCACGGUGUUACAAGAAAUUGCACGACUAUGUGACUCCAAGGUGGAAUUCAGAACUACUGUAAGCAAUGGGAAAAGUAUGCAAUUUUCUGUGGAGGUUCUGUUUAGUAAUGAAAAAAUUGGAAUCGGCAUUGGAAAAACAAGAGAUGAAGCCCAAGUACAAGCUGCUGAAAAGGCACUCCAAAAUUUGGAGAGCAGUUACUUGGCAUUCGUUGCUCCUACUGCCGGAGUUCCUAAUAAAGGCGCAAGGAAGUCCCCUGCAAGCGGAAAUGGCUUUCUGGAGGAUGUUACUUGUUCAGAGGUUGAUAUAUCUAUGCAAGAACCUUCUGGAAGUACAUUGAAACAGGACCAUUCAAAUAAUUUGGAUAAGUUGUCUUCUGUUAUGAGUCUCAUCAGGGAACAUUGCUUGGAGGACCAGAAUGUAGUAUUUCGUGAUCAAGUUCGGAAUUCUUGCUCAGCCAGAAUUGAAGAAUAUCACUUUCAGGUUGAACUAGCAGGACAGAUUCUUGGGAGGGGCGUUGGUUUGGACAGAGAUGUUGCAAAGCUUCUGAGAUUUGCACAUUCUCUGGAACAGAAAGAAAACGGAUGGAACUGCAAUGGAGAUAACUUUCAUUGGUGCUUGUAUCUUUGGAGUGCAAUUGAUAUUCCUCGGGCGGCUGGACAUGUGUUUGAACAAUAACCAUUUGAACUGAGUUUUAUCAAAAUCGGGCACCUGACUUGGGCGGUUUAUUCCCGAUUUGUGCCAGUAACCGGUCAAAAAUGUGUACUUGGCCAAUAAUGGAAAGUGUGACCUCAUGGGUCAUCUGCAGGCUUGAGAAGAUUGUGCAUGCUAUAUGGGUUUAGUGUCUGUUAAUGUAUCUACUACAACUAUCUAACUAGGCUUGUGACAUAUUUAAUUGGAAUGAGAGACUACCCCAAAUACACUAAUAGUCAUUAGCACGGUUAUACGGUGGAUGAUGCUUCUUGCGAGAGUUAAUUUCUGUCGAAGACUUACGUAUUAUAGCGAACAGAGAAGGGAAACAGUGGAGGUAGGAUAGGGCAGAUUGCCCUCGAGUCGCCAGGCUUCUCCCAUGCAACAAGAGGCUUUGAUCGAUACCAAGGGCAGGUCGCCCUCAAGUUGUCAGGCUUCUCUCGUAGACUAGAGGCUCUGAUCUAACUGAUUUGGGCAAAGCCCUUUCUGUAUUCUUGCUUGGCUCCUCCUCGACAGGACCUGAUGGGUAGCCUUUACAGAACCAGGCUUACAGAUGGCAAUACCAAACUGACUACACUCUAAUACUACUCUCCAACUCUGAUGUCUCUAGUAGUUGCUAACUAAAUCUGUUACGAAUAGAUAACUAGGACUCUUUAACUAACACAAUAGCUAUGGCUCGAAACAUACGUGUGUCAAUCAUUACUUUUCAGUUUUCAUUAUUGUGCUUCAAAAUUGUACUAUUCCAAGUGUAGUUAGCUGUCAUUUUUUCAUCGUGAAUAGUGGGUUCAUUCAAGAUAAAAUACGCCCCGC